CAGUAGUAGGCUAACUUUGAAAUCCAGAGGAGGGCAGUAUCGGAACACCUCUGAACAAACCCUUUCUGAUGACGUCAAUUCAAACAUGGCGGCGAUCUAGACGGUCCAUGCUUGUUUGUUGAUCAUACAAUUUCACACGUUACUGAGGAUUAUCUACGUCUGUUUUUAGCAAAAUGUCACGAAUUAUUGUGAAGAACCUCCCAAACGGGAUGAAGGAUGAGCGGUUCCGUAACAUGUUCGCGGACUUUGGAACAUUGACGGACUGUGGGUUGAAGUAUACCAAAGACGGGAAGUUUCGCAAGUUUGGUUUCGUUGGCUUCAAGUCCGAAGAGGAUGCUGAAAGGGCUCUGAAGCAUUUCAACAAAAGUUUUGUUGACACGUCAAAAGUGACGGUUGAAUUUUGCAAAGCUUUUGGAGAUCCCAAUAAAGACCGCCCUUGGAGUAAGCACACUCGCCAGCCCGCUGCAGAGAAGGCCAAGGCAGAGGCAAAACAGAAAGAUGAAAAAGCAAAGAAGGAAAAGAAAAAGAAGGAGGUGACCACUGUUCUUGGAGAUCUAGAGGAAGACCAAAGCUUCCAGGAGUUCCUGUCAUUACACCAGAACCGCGCUCAGGUACCCACAUGGGCCAACGAUGCCAUGGAGAAACCAUCUGUCAUUGGGAAAGCAAAAGUUGCUGGUAAAAAAGAGACCAAAAAGCCCAAGUCGGCAGCUACAGAUGACUACUUAAACUUUGACUCCGACGAGUCUGAUGAGAUUGACAAUGAAGAGGAAGAAGUAGAGGAGGAGAAGGAUGAAGAGAUGGAACCAGAAAAUAGUGGCGCACCCAAGGAGGCCCUCAAGACAGGCCUAUCUGACAUGGACUACCUGCGCUCAAAGGUGGUGGCAAAAUCUGAAGUGGAUGAGGAUGCAGACGAAGAUGAUGACGAUGAUGACGAUGAUGAAGACGAAGAAGCAAAAGAGAUGGCCGAUGAGGAGGGUAGUGGCGAUGAAGAUGAGGAUGCGGAAGAGAAUGAGCACACUUCCGCUCGUCAUGACAGUGCUUAUGAGAGUGGGGAUAUUGACAGUGACAAGAAGGAUAAACGACUUCAGAUGCAAUCUACUACUGAGUUUACAGUUAAGCUUCGUGGAGUUCCAUUCAAUGUUAAAGAGCAACAAAUUCGGGAGUUUAUGACGCCAUUGAAGCCUGUGGCUAUUCGCAUCGGCAAGAACGAGGAGGGCCGGAACUCCGGUUAUGUGUAUGUAGACCUGCGUUCCGAGGAGGAGAUAGAGCGAGCUCUUCGGAUGAACAAGGACUAUAUGGGGGGGCGCUAUGUGGAGGUGUUUCGAGUGAAGAGUUGGGACAAGAGAGAAAUAAGGAAGAAUGCUUGGCAGGAGCGGAACUUUGAGAGGGAGCUGAAGGACGACGAGGAAGAGGAGGAUGUGGCCGAAUCGGGGCGGCUCUUCGUCAGGAACCUGCCCUACACCUGCACUGAGGAGGAACUGUCGGAGCUGUUCGGCAAACAUGGUCCCAUCUCUGAGGUGAAUUUCCCCAUUGACAGCCUCACUAAGAAGCCCAAGGGCUUUGCCUUUGUCUCCUACAUGAUCCCAGAGAACGCAGUGGUGGCGUUGGCCAAACUCGACGGACACAUCUUUCAGGGCCGAAUGCUCCACAUCCUCCCCUCGCGACUGAAGAAGGAGAAGGCUGACCAGGGCCCCAACGCUCCGGGCUCCUCGACCUACAAGCGGCAGAAGGAUGCCAAGGACAAGGCGGCCAGUAGCAGCUCUCAUAACUGGAACACACUUUUCCUGGGCACCAGCUCUGUCGCAGAUGCCAUCGCAGAGAAGUACAACACCACCAAGAGCCAAGUCCUGGAUCAUGAGUCAUCAGGCAGUCUUGCUGUAAGGAUGGCCUUAGGCGAAACCCAAAUUGUUCAAGAGACGCGGCAGUUCCUGCUGGACAAUGGUGUCAGCCUGGACUCCUUCAGUCAGGCGUCCGGAGCGCGCAGCAACACUGUUAUCCUUGUGAAGAACCUUCCAUCGGGGGUGCAGGGGCCGGAGCUGGAGGCCCUGUUCUCUCCCUUCGGCUCCCUGGGAAGAGUCCUGCUGCCCCCCUCCGGCCUGACGGCCAUCAUCGAGUUCCUGGAGCCCACUGAGGCCAAGCGGGCCUUCACCAGACUGGCCUACAGCAAGUUCCAGCAUGUUCCGCUGUAUCUGGAGUGGGCGCCCACAGCCGUGUUCACGAGCCCGGCACUGGCCAGGACCAAGAAAGCGCCAGCAGACGUUCAGUCGCCAGCCACCUCCUCAGCGCCAGAGCAGAGCGCUCCCAAGGAGUCAGGGAAGGAAGAGAAGCAGGAGGAGGAGGAGGAGGAGGAAGAGGAGGAGAGCAUCCCAGGUGCCACACUCUUCAUCAAGAACCUGAACUUCAUCACGACGGAGGAGACCCUACGGCAGACGUUCUCCAAGAGUGGAGAGGUGAAAAACUGCACUAUCUCCAAGAAGAGAGAUAAGACGGGCAAAUUGUUAUCGAUGGGCUACGGCUUUGUAGAGUUUCGUAAGCCUGAGGCUGCUCAGAAAGCCAUGAGACAGCUGCAGAACUGUAAAGUGGAUGAGCACCAGCUUGAACUGAAGGUGUCUGAGCGCGCCACCAAACAAGGUGUUGCGAGCUCUCGGAAAAAGCAGACCGCCAAGAAGCAGACCACGUCGAAGAUCCUUGUGCGGAAUAUCCCGUUCCAGGCCACAGUGAGGGAGCUGCGGGAGCUGUUCUGCACGUUUGGAGAGUUGAAGACCGUCCGCCUGCCCAAAAAGGCCAGUGGCACUGGAACGCACCGUGGCUUUGGCUUUGUGGACUUCCUCACCAAACAGGACGCCAAAAAAGCCUUCACGGCUCUCUGCCACAGCACCCAUCUGUACGGCAGACGUCUAGUUCUAGAGUGGGCCGAUGAGUCCGAGGAGACCGUUGACGCCCUGCGCAGGAAAACGGCCCAGCAUUUCCACGAUGCCCCGAAGAAGAGGAAGCAGUCGGAGGUGCUGGAGGGCAUCAUGGAGCAGAUGGAAGCUGGGAACGAGGACGAGGACGAAUGAGAAAAAAAGAGAGAGAGAGGUGAUGUGGAAGACUGGGCAGCUUGAGCUUAUGCCAUCCCCAUGGUGACCGGUGAUUUGGUCUGACCAGCAGGUUUGGAGAGGCAGCCAUUUUCUCUUCCUUUCAAACUGUUACCUGAGCCUUCACUUAAAACAACAGUGCAGAAACGCCAUUGGAGGGGCAAAGCACUCUAUCGGAUCUGCCUCAAUGAAGCACCACGUCCACUCUUGCUUAACUGUGACUGCGGGAUGGGCCAUGGACAUGACUUGGAUAAUGAUAGACGGAUGAAAGGCUUGCUAGCACUUCUCCGUUGUUCUGGUUGAACUUUGGGCUUGAUGUAUACCAUUAAGUGCGUAGGAUUCCCUGCAUACCGCUAAUGUACAGUGUAUUGUGGAUGUUGGAUAUGGAAAGACAGCCCAGUGAGCACAAUUAGUAUUUUUUAUGGCACAGCUUAUUAAAAUAUUGUAUAUUGUAUAAACUAAAGAAAUGGUUGAGAUCGGAUCAGGCUUUUCUUGUGUUGAUCUCUCUGUGAAUUAAAUGUUUUCGUGAUCUUUUAA